UGUGGAAGCAAAAUGGUCGUAACUUGUGAUAUUCAGUUCAAUCAUAAUGAGCACGGUAUUUAUUUCGCUGACCAGUUGGUGGAUGGCGCGGUGGUGUUAAAGGCUGAUAAACCCAAAAAUGUUAAAGCUGUAAUAUUGAAUAUAUCCGGAUUUGCUAUUACAAAAUGGCGAGAAAAACGUUUCGGUAAAGCACGACACUUUUCGGGACGUGAGGAUUAUAUGGAGUCCAAAACAUAUCUAAUGGGAUCGGAAACAAGUCAAAUUUUUACAAUCCAAACCGGUACGCACACAUAUAAUUUUGCCUGCAAGCUACCAGAGAAUUGUCCUACAUCAUUUGAGGGCCUUCAUGGCUGCAUUCGGUAUAUAGUUAAAGUGACACUGGUGAUACCCUGGAAAUUCAAUCAGACUUAUACGCGUGGCUUCACAGUGAUGAAAAUGCUCGAUCUUAACUAUGAAUCACCGCAAAUAAAGAUACCAAUAACUUCAGAGAAUUAUCGUUCAUACUGCUGCGGACCCUGCAAAACGGACCCUCUGAAGAUGCAAAUACAACUGCCGCAGGCCGGUUAUGUGCCCGGACAGCGCAUACCCGUCACCGCGCUGGUCAUCAAUAACACCAACAUACCCGUGGCGGAAGUGCGUUAUGCGCUCGUAAUGUUGGUUCGGUAUUCCAGCCCAGCGCCAGCGUUACACUCAUGCCUCGAACGCAUUACCAUGACAACGGCGAAAAGUGAGUCUGUGCUGCGUAAUAGCACGCGCUCGUUAACGCACGAACUUCUUGUGCCGUCCACACCACCAACUUGCUUGCGGUCUUGCAGUAUUAUACGCAUUUCCUAUCAGGUGGAAGUCGAGGCACGCAUGAAGGGUUGGUAUUCUAGUCAGACCAUUACAAUUCCCGUUCUUAUUGGAAAUGUGCCACUGUGGCAAACACCAUCAGUUAUACAACAACAACCGCGCGGUAGUCGUAUGCCAGCACUAACUGAGGAAGUGCUGUUGCAGGGUAAUGAAGUGAACAAGGAGGGUGAGCAACAAGCUGUGACUGAAGUAAUGGAUGAGCAGAAUGUAGCAUUAACAGGGGUUCAGUCGCCAGCAGAUAUUUACCCGGAAUUGCCACCACCCAACUACGAGGAGUCUACGCACACCAUGCGAGGCGAUGUGAACGAAGAUGACUUACACGCAUUCGGGCCAUGUGAAUUUGCGCCAUUAUAUCCAGUAUAUGCCGUACCCUUAACAAUGGCUCCAACCGCGCCAGUUACGCCGGAACCAACACGCGGUGCUUAUAUAAACCAAAAUUUCGAAAAUGACAAGGUGUAGAGGAAGCCUCUUUUGUACAAAACGAUAUUAUUGUUAUUUGCUUUCAUUUCAUAAAUAUGAAUUCACAUAUACAUAUGUAAAUGUAUUUAAACAUAUGUCGUAGAAACCUAAAACUAUUAAUAAA